AUUAUAACCGGCGGGACGUUUUAUCUGCUGGCCUUCCUAUUGCGUCACAAGCAGGCGACUGAGCCUUGGCGGUGGUGGCUGAAGCGGCGAAGGCGGCAGCGGCGGCGACAACUCUGGGGUUUGCGUCUCGGGGUGUGUCGGCCGCCGCUGCUGCUGGGGCCUGGUAUGUACAAAUGGCUGAUUAGAAUUCUCGGCACCAUUUUCCGUUUUUGUGACCCGUCGGUGCCCCCUGCCCGGGCGCUCCUGAAGAGGCGGCGCUCGAACAGCAGUCUGUUUUCCACAGUGGACCCUGAUGAAAUACCAGCCAAAAGACCAAGAUUAGAUUCCUUUAUUCACCAAGUGAAAAACAGUCUCUACAAUGCUGCCAGUUUCUUGGGAUUCCCAUUCCAGCUGACUACAAAGCCCAUGGUAACUUCUGCUUGUAAUGGAACACGGAAUGUGGCCCCUUCAGAAGAGGUAUUUUCGAAAUCUACAUCUUGUGAACUGACAAGGUCUGGAUCCUGGAACAACAUGCUGAAACUGGGUAAUAAAUCUCCUAAUGGAAUAAGUGACUAUCCAAAGAUCAGAGUGACAGUAACCCGAGAUCAGCCACGCAGAGUGUUGCCUUCCUUUGGUUUUACUCUGAACUCAGAAGGCUGUCAUAGAAGAUUAGGUGGGCGUCGCCAUAGCAGAGGGAAUCCAGAGAGUCCGUUACUGUGGAAACCUCAGGAACAGGCAAUGACUGAGAUGGUUUCUGAAGAGGGUGGCAAGGGUCCAAGGCGUCCCCACUGCACUGUGGAAGAGGGUGUUCAGAAAGAGGAAAAAGAGAAGUACAGGAGGUUAUUGGAGCGACUCAAAGAAGGUGGUCAUGGAAACUCUACCCCUCCUGGAACUUCAAACUAUCAGAGUUCUCAAAGAAGUCAGAUGGACACAUUAAAGACCAGAGGCUGGGGAGAAGAACAGAAUCAUGGAGCCAGAACAACUCAGUUUGUUCCAAAACAAUGUUCAAAAGGUAAAGGUUCUGAUACUGAGAAGGCAUUAAGGAUCAGAGCUGAAAAUGAAGGUAGAAGGGGACAUCAGCUGGAGCCUGACCUAUCUGAAGAAGUGUUGGCCCGACUCCGCCUGGGCAGUGGGAGCAAUAAUGGUUUAUUCAGGAGGAAAAUGUCAGUACUUGAGACAAAAGAAAAGAAUUACUCAGGCAAAGAGAGAGAGAGAAGGACAGAAGAUCUCCUUGAACUUACAGAGGAAAUGGAAAAAGAAAUCAGCAAUGCAAUAGGCCAUGGCUCUCAAGAUGAGAUCCUGAGUAGUGCUUUCAAACUGAGAAUUACCCGUGGUGAUAUCCAGACCUUGAAGAACUAUCACUGGCUCAAUGAUGAAGUCAUUAAUUUUUACAUGAAUCUUCUGGUGGAAAGAAAUAAAAAGCAAGGCUACCCCGCAGUUCAUGCAUUUAGUACUUUCUUCUAUCCUAAAUUAUGGUCUGGGGGCUACCAAGCAGUGAAAAGAUGGACCAAAGGGGUAAAUCUCUUUGAACAAGAGCUUAUUCUGGUGCCUAUUCAUCGGAAGGUACACUGGAGUCUGGUGGUAAUAGACCUAAGAAAAAAGUGUCUUAAAUAUUUGGAUUCUAUGGGACAAAAGGGCCACAGGAUCUGCGAGAUUCUCCUUCAGUAUUUACAGGAUGAAAGUAAGACCAAAAGAAAUAUUGACCUGAAUCUUUUAGAAUGGACCCACUACAGCUUGAAGCCACACGAGAUUCCUCAACAACUGAAUGGGAGUGAUUGUGGAAUGUUUACUUGUAAAUAUGCAGAUUAUAUCUCUAGAGACAUACCUAUCACAUUUACUCAGCACCAGAUGCCUCUCUUCCGGAAGAAGAUGGUGUGGGAAAUCCUUCAUCAGCAGUUGCUGUGA